AUGAAGCGGCUGUUCGGCCGCAGGAGCAAGAAGAGCAAGGAGAGUCAUGUGAGGAGCGGGAGUGCUGGCAACGCGAAACUUCCCAUCAGCAACCACCAAGGCCCCCUCUAUAAGUUCCCGCCUACCUAUCGCUCAGCACAGCUUGUUGCUGUCCUUCCUCCCAGAGUCCUCCAGCGCAUAUUCUCGUUUGUGUGCCCCCACUCGCUCGAUGAGAGCUACGAAACUUGCGAGAGCAGCGCUGUUGAUAGCGCCUGCAUGCUCUGCGACUUGCGGGAACUGUCGCGCUGCCUUCUCGUGUCCAAAUCAUGGCGCAAGUCUGGCAUACCAGUACUAUAUCACAGCAUACGCAUCGACCCCGUCCACUACUGCAAAGACGAAGCCCGACUGGCAGAAAAUCGAAAGAAGUCGCGUUUCGAUCGAAAUGCGAUCCCUGAGGAUCCAGCACAGGCGAGAUUGCGCCUGCUGCGACGCACCGUGCGCGACGAUCCAACAAGGCUUGGAAAGCUAGUCCAAUACCUGAAGAUUCCCUACAUGCUUCGCGAGUCCUGCCAUGUUGAGCUAGCCCAAACCAUAGCAGUUCUCCCUAACCUGCAUUAUGUUGACCUACCAGAGGGCAUGUUCUCUGAUGAGCCCAGUUACACCACUCUUCGUCUUGAAGUCCAGGCCCGCUGUCCCAGCAUUCGCAAGAUGACCUAUAGCAGAGGUUCAGAACGCAGUUUGGCAGAAUUAUCGACGGGUCGGAUCUGGACGCAGCUGGAGGUCCUCGAAAUGGACAACAUGCGUAUCGACCCCAUUACUUUGAGAAACGUGCUAUCCUCUCUCUCCAACCUUCGCGCCUUCCAGGUUUCAAGGACAGACAGCCUGACAGAUCAGGUAUUGAUAUGUGAAGACGGAAUGCCAUCUUUACCUCCUCUUGAGAAGUUGGUCCUGCGAGACAUUCCUCAUGUGACCGUCGCCGGAAUUAUAUCGUACUUGGCCUGGCAGGAGACACAGCAAGCCUUGAAGGUGCUGGAGCUUGUUAACACCGGAGUACACCCUUCAACCACGCAGGAGAUCCUUCUGAGGGGCACCAGACUCAAGUCUUUAUCCUUGCAAACGCAGAUAUCCGAGCCAUUCCCCAAUGGUGCUGGCAUACGCCCAUUGGCCUCGAAGACACUUGACACUCUGCAUUUCGAAAUUUCAGGGCCUUCCCGCACAGGCCCCUACUCGGACCUUGAGAGCGGCUACUACAGCUACCUUGCCUCCUCGAUUCUUGGAGGUGGAUUGCCGAGGCUACGUAAGCUCUACGUCCUCGAUGAGACCAUGCCAAUACAACUUCAAGGUCUCACUCCUCCUGGGGCUGCUUUUGCGUCAAAUCGCGCCAGAUCCCGAAGUUUCACAGCUUCUACAUCGGGACCACUGCUUCCCUCCUUGAAAAUUCCAGAAGCUCCUAGCGGCCAUUCACUAUCGCCACCCCAAGGUCAUCGCCGGCCACUUUCCAAUAUAACACCUGCCAGUCCGAACCGGCUCAGUUCUAAUAACCCUUUCGCCACCGGGAACCACAGGUAUGCUCCACCGCCGACACACACGCUCGAGGUGUUUACCAAGAGCGAUGAACUAGGGAGCUGGAAUUUUUCGCGUGUCAACUCCUCUGCCUACACGGACUUCGGCCACGGCGACACAAGCAGGCCAGGAAGCAGCUAUGGUCUUGGAGCAGAGGUUUCCAGAGGACCUUGGGAUGCCGGUGAGGCCAGAAGAAGCGUCAUGGUUGGGAAUGGAACGGGUGCCUUUUUGGCCGUUCCCGCCAAACAAGAGAAUCCUUUUGGUGGUUCAGAUAGCAGAUUUUCGGGUUCCACCGACUCAUGGAGGCCAAGGAGCAGUGGCGGAGACUCCGUUGCGUCAAAUCGUGAUUUAUGGAGGUAA